GUGAAGGGCAGGGGGGUGAAGGGCGGCGAGGAGGAGGAUGUGCUGGGGGCGGUGCGGGCGGGCGCGCAGCGGAGGCGGCAGCAGCGGCUGCUGCGGCAGCAGGCGGACUCGCAGGGCGACCCCGAGGGUGUGGACCUGGAGUCCCUCACCGCGGGGGUGACCGCCACCCACCUGGACGACCGGGGCGGACAGGAGGCGGACGGCGGGGAGGGCGCAGCAGCAGCGGGGCCGUCGCAGGCGGCUGGGGGGCGGGGUCGGGGUCGUGGCCGCGGCGGGCGGCAGCAGAGCCUGGCAGACAGCCUGACACGCGCGGGGGCGGGGGCGGGGGCAGCAGCAGCGGGAGGCGGGAGAGGGCGGGCGGCGGGGGCAGCAGCAGCAGCAGCGGGAGGCGGGCCGCUGGAUGCCUUCCUGCAGCCCGCAGCAGCUACAGGGGCCACGCCAGCCAAGGGGCGGGCGGCGGCGGGGAGGGGCGCGGGGAGUGCGGCGGCGGCGAGGGGUCGAGGCAGGGGCCGCGGUCGUGGCGCCUCCGCCGCCCCCGUCAGUCCCGGUGCUGGGGCCGGUGGUGAUGGCGAGGGGGGGGACAGCGAUGUGGAGAUGACGGAGGCUGCCGCCACCGCCGCCACCGCACCCCGCUCCCGCGCUCGCUCCGCUGCUGCCGCUAGUCGUAGGCGGGCCGCGGAGGAGUUUGAAGAUGAUAUCGAGGAGGAGGAGGAGCAGCAGCCGGUGGCGCGGAGGGGCACAGCAGCGGCAAAAGGAGGUGGUGGCGGUGCGGGGGCGGCGCGGGGUCGCAGCACCCGGGCAGCGGCGCAGCAGCAGAAGAGCUACCGAGUGGACGAUGAUGAUGAGGAGGAGGAGGAGGAGGAGGAUGACAUCGGGGAUGACGACUAUGCAGGUGGUGGUGGCGGCGGCGGCGAGGAGGAGGAGGAUGACAUUGACUUGGAAGACGAGGAGGAGGCGGCUGCACCCAGGCCGGCUGCGGGGCGGGGUCGGGGCCGGGGGGCGGCGGCGGCCACACCGGCAGCAGCACCCCGGGGGGCGGCCGGCAGGGGCCGGGGCAGGGGCUCCGCAGCUCCCGCCACCGCCACUCGCCAGCCUGCACGCACCCCAGCCGGCAGCCGCGGCAGUGGCGGCAGUGGCGGCGGCGGUGGUGGUGACGUCAUCACCCUCAGCAGCGACGAGGAGGAUGACGUGGCACCCCCCUCCAUGGGGCCACCCGCCGCCCGCGCGCAUGCAGCCGCGGGGGCAGCCGUGGCGGGCUCCCUGGGUAUGGGUACGACACCCGGUACGACACCCGGCGGUACGGCAGGGGGAAGUACGACACAAGGGCGGGGUUUCGGAGCUGCAGCAGCUGCUGCUGCCGGCACGCAGGGUGCGGGUGCGAGGAAGCGGCCUGCCAGCUUUUUCACUAGCAGUGGUGGGGGG